UUCUUCCACCGGGUCGGUCCAAGAGGUCGGGAUGGUCAGGCGGGGACAGGGAUUGCCCAGGAGCGUGGCAGCUCCGCGCCAACUCGGAGUUUCCAAACCGGGAGCGGGGGGGGGGCGGCCGCCGCCGCCUGCGAGGCCGGGACCGCGGGCGGGUGCCGUGUGCAGAGCGGGUGUCUGGCAGAACAAAGCCCUGCAGCGCUUCCUCCCCGCCGGCGCCUCCUUUGCCUCUUUCGGCGACUCCUACCGGCUUAGUUCUUGAGCGCUGAGGUUCUGGGAACUGCUGAGCAAGCAGCGCUGAGCAGGAUGGGCCUGGGCCCCAAGGCCAUGUCACAGGCUUUGGAUCUUGUUCCUUGUCACACGCAGCCCCUGACCUGAUCAUGCAAACUGCGAGGCUGGAAGAGCGCUUUGCAAGUCCAGGCUCCUGCACACGCGCUGCAGCCUCCUACACGCUGGGCUCAGGCCAGCGCCAAACCAGAAACGUUUGCAAUGUCUUUGGGCAAACGGAGGGCCGUGAACUCUUGUCUGGCCAGGUGUUCACUUGGUUGGCUAGCGGGAGACACAGAGUAGCACCAAGAGUGACUGACAGAUUGUUUUCUCUGAUGUUUUAAGUACCACCAGCCUGUGAACCUGGACCUACAGUCUGCAAAGCAACCAGGAAAACACAAUGCAAUCCAGGGAAACUCUGUAAGAUGGGAUGAAGAAUUAAGGAAGAACAUUGCUCACAGAGUAAUGAUGAGGGUGUGCUGGUUGGUGAGACAGGACAACUGGCACCAGCGAAUCAAACUUCCACAUUUGGAAGCGGUGGUGGUUGGGCGUGGCCCAGAGACCAAGAUCACUGAUAAGAAAUGUUCUCGACAGCAAGUGCAGUUGAAAGCAGAGUGUAACAAAGGAUAUGUCAAGGUAAAGCAGGUAGGGAUCAAUCCCAGCAGCAUUGACUCAGUCAUAAUUGGGAAGGACCAAGAGGUGAAGCUGCAGCCUGGCCAGGUUCUCCACAUUGUGAAUGAACUUUAUCCGUAUAUUGUAGAGUUUGAGGAAGAGGCAAAGAGCCCUGGCCUGGAAACACACAGGAAGAGAAAGAGGUCAGGCAACAGCGAUUCCUUAGAAAGGGAUGCUGCCCAGGAAGCUGAGCCCAGUACUGGACUGGUACCUGGGAGUGACCCUAGCCAACGCUCUGUGCCCCCAAACAAGGGGACAGAUGAGUCUACCAAAAAGGAAUCAUUGGGCCACUGGAGUCAAGGCUUGAAGAUUUCUAUGCAGGAUCCCAAAAUGCAGGUUUACAAAGAUGAGCAGGUGGUGGUGAUUAAGGAUAAAUACCCCAAGGCUCGUCACCACUGGCUGGUCUUACCAUGGGCCUCAAUUUCCAGUCUGAAGGCUGUGACCAGGGAACAUCUUGAGCUCCUCAAACAUAUGCAUGCUGUGGGGGAAAAGGUGAUUGCAGAUGCUGCUGGGCCCAGCAAACUCCGCUUCCGAUUGGGCUACCAUGCCAUUCCCAGCAUGAGCCAUGUACACCUUCAUGUGAUCAGCCAGGAUUUUGAUUCUCCGUGCCUUAAAAACAAAAAACAUUGGAAUUCUUUUAAUACAGAAUACUUCCUAGAAUCUCAAGCUGUGAUCAAGAUGAUACAAGAGGCUGGCAGAGUGACUGUCCGAGAUGGUAUGCCAGAGCUCUUGAAGCUGCCCCUGCGUUGUCAUGAGUGCCAGCAGCUGCUGCCUUCCAUUCCUCAGCUGAAAGAGCAUCUCAGGAAGCACUGGCCCAAGUGAUUGUGUGGAACCUGAACUUCGGCAGCAAGUAUGGUGAUUGUUUAGAGCAGACUCCCGGCACCUGUUCUGGAUUGCCUGUGAACUUUUACUUAUUUCUUAAAUUAAAAAUACAGGUGUGUGUUUUUUUUAAACAAAUUUUGUUCUAUUCUUGAGUGGCAAAAUGUGGGGUGACUCAAAAUAGGUCAGGAAUUAGGAAUUUGGGUUUGUCAUGGAUGUGUUCUCUGGUUGGGCGAGGAUGGCCGGGAUAGGCCUGACCACUAUCUCCAGGACCCACAUCAGCUCUAAUGGGAGCAAAGCCAUGUUCAGACUGAUCUAAUGCAGGAUAUGGAAGUAGAGGGCAGAUAAUGCCAGUAUGUUUCUGUUCCUUGUACUUAUCCUCCCUCCCAGAGGCACGAGGUGCCCUUUCUUCAGACCAGCUGGAGGGGUCUCUUGUAUAUCCUGAAGGCAUUGAUUGGUUUAGUUCUCUGAUCUUUUUAAAUUAAAAUUUCUUUUUUCAAUUACAGUUUACUUCCAAUAUUAUUUUGUAUUACUUUCAGGCAUACAGCAUAGUGGUUAGACAAUCAUAUACUUUACAGUGUUCCCCCUGAUAUUUCCAGUACUCAGCUGGCACCAUCAGUUAUUAUAAUAUUACUGAUUAUAUUUCCUAUGCUGUAUUUGUUCUCUGAUCUUAAUCUGUUCUGUAAUAUUCUUUCUCUUUCCCUUCUUCAUGGAGAGGCUUAGAUUCUUCUGUCCCUUUCAUAUUUUUCUAUCCCAAACCAUCCAAAUACUGCCUUCUUAGGAAAUCUAUCUCAUAAGUUCUCCUUCACUCUGAGCAAACAGGCUAGGUGAGUGGGUGGAGGGAUGGGGCUUUCUUCUAGUAUCAGGUGCUCCUGGGUGGUGAGGAAAUACUCAGCCAUAUGUUCAUCACAGUUCAGUGAGCAAGUCUUCUUGCUGGCCUCCUUGAAUCUGUUUGAAAAUAAAGUUCAUUUGUUUGAGGCAUCUCUGCUAGGUAGUUGAAACUAACAGUUUAGCUAACAGUCACAAAGUAAUUUCUGAUACAUGAAAAGAUAGUUGUUUAAUGAAAAAGUUGCAUAGAACCCUAUAGUGUCAUUUUCCCCCUAGGACAGGGGUGGGCAACCUUUUUGUGAGUGCGUGCCAAACCCAGCAAAAUCUCUGACUCAAAAUUCUUCUCUGUGCCAACCCUAAUUUUUUGAGAACAUGUUACACCUAUUUGAUAUCUCUUAAGGUGUCUGUAUGUGAAGAACCUUGAAGAAACAAUAAAAUUCA